ACAAUGCAAACUUGCAGAUUCCAACUCCAUUAUCCUCAAGCCUUCCUCAAAUACCCGCCCACCGCCCUACCGGCAACCAAAGUCGGUGGUCUCCUCUUCCGCCAAAAGCUCCUUUACCUCCAAUCCUUAAACGUCAAUCCCCACAAAGCUCUCACCUUAAACCCUUCUCUCCGUUCCACCCCGCUUUCCUCCCUCCUUUCCGUCGAACGCUUCCUCUGCUCCGUCGGCCUCUCUCGCCCUUCCAUUGGCCGUAUCCUCGACAUGUGCCCUCUCCUCCUCACCUCCGACCCCCUCCCUCCGAUCAACUUCCUACUCCACGAAGUUCCUCUUCCUUCCCCUCACCUCCCCCUCUCCCUCACCCGUUGCCCUCGCCUCUUGGUCUCCUCCGUCGCCACCCAACUCCGCCCGACGCUCUAUUUCCUCACUUCCCUUGGACUCGUUGUCAAUUCUCACACUACCCUUCUUUUAGUUUCCAACGUGGAACACACCCUGAAACCCAAACUUAAUUUCCUUCGGUCUCUGGGUAUUGACGAGCCGGAGGUGAACCGGAUGGUGGUGAGGUCACCCGGGUUGUUGACUUUGAGUGUGGAGAAUAAUAUGAGGCCUAAAGUUGAGUUUUUUCUACAGGAAAUGGAAGGUGACUUGGAGGAAUUAAAAUUUUUUCCUCAAUAUUUCUCGUUUAGUUUAGAGAAGAAGAUUAAGCCAAGGCAUAGAGCUUUGGUGGAACAUGGGUUUAAAUUGCCAUUGUCGAAGAUGUUAAGGGUUAGUGAUGGAGAGUUCAAUGCUAGAGUGAUUGAGAUGCAAUUGCAAAGUGUUCAUAAGAGAUAGCCUUUUCUUGUUGUAUUAGAU